AUGCCUAAAUUACAUAUAGACGAAGUAGAUACAAAAGACAGUGUAUGCCCAAUGAUUGUAAAUUUUCAAAAUGGCUACAUAACUAAUGAAUUUCGGCCAACCGAAUGUAUAUUAUUUCAAAACGAAAAAUCUGAAAGCAUAACUGUUGCUACUGACAUAAAUGACUUCAUUUACUCUGGAGAAGAAGAGAAAGAAGAUUUAGGAAAGACUCUUAUAUUAGCUCGAAAUAAAAUCACUGGCAAAGUAAGAUUAAUUGAAGUUGGUACCGUAGAACUUAAACCAGUCUUAAAAGUUGAUUUGGAUACAACUCAGUUUUUAGAAACAAGUAAUUUAGAGCUAAGCAGAAAGUUUGGGUCAAAGAAACAGAAACAGCAAGUAGAACAACGCGAAAAAUUAAAAGUAAAUGUCCAAAUUGUCAAUGAGCAAAUGCAAAAUGUAACUAAAGAUAUAACAGAAGAUACUUUGGAUCUUUCCUCUUACGAUAAAGUUGAUUCAGACGACUUCUACAUACCACCAAUCAACCGAGAUGCAGACAAACCUGAAUUAAUUUAUGAAUUUGACAAAAUAUUGAAAGAAGAUGAGUUUGAAAAAAUCUAUUCAGAGUUAGAAGGUAAAGAUUUCACUGCUGAUAUGCCAGUAUGGAUUAAGAACAUGGUUGCAACAAAACAGAAUAAAAAGCAUAUAGUCUUAGCAGUGUAUGCUACUGCCUUAUUUAAAUUGUAUUCAACAAUGGUUAGAGAGAUAACAAAAAAAACAUUUAAGGUUUGUGAGUUCUCCCCCACACUGAAUAACAUAGUAUUAGCAAAUUUUAUAUUGACAACUAAUGAAAAACGUAGCAGACCAACUCCUUACAAGGAUAAAGCUUUAUGUCAUGCUAUAGUUUUUCUUCUUUUAAUUAAUAAUCUUUCCUUAGACUUGGAAGCUUUGUGCCAGGGUGUAAAAUUAACACCUAAUACUGUAUCUUCAAAAUUGAGAGUGACGGGUGCUUCGGUUCUUACUGUUGGCAAUAAAAAAGUUGUGCAGUUAAAAUUACCACUGAGAACUAAGACAGCUUUUAGAAGAAAGAGUGCUAAGUUUUAA